UCAGGUGGAGAUCGGAGCCAAGAUCGGAGCAAAUUUUACAAUUUCUUAGUUUUCUUCAUUUUCUUACUCACUUUUGAAUAAUGGAAUCGUGACAAAAUGAGUGGAGUUUUGCGGAGGGUGGUUCUUGGCAUGUCUGGGGGUGUGGACAGUGCUGUAUCAGCCCUUCUCUUAAAACAAAAAGGAUUCGAAGUCCACGGUGUUUUUAUGAAAAACUGGGACGGCCUCGAAGAGUCCGGUUUCUGCAGUGGCGCCAAAGACGCGGAGGACGCGGAGUGGGUUUGCAAGAAAUUGCAAAUCCCAUUCUCACACGUCAAUUUUGUGAAAGAUUAUUGGAACAGCGUCUUCACUGACUUGCUCAAAGAUUACUCGGAAGGCUUCACUCCAAAUCCGGACAUUCUCUGCAACAGAUUCGUCAAAUUCGACCUGUUUCGAAAGCACGCCUUGGAAAACCUGGGCGCUCAGGCGUUUGCCACUGGACACUACGCCAACACCUCGCAUGGCAAUUUUCUACAGAAUUACUCCCAAAAUGAUGACGUUCGGUUGCUUCUUCCGAGAGAUUUGGUCAAGGACCAGACCAUUUUCCUCAGCCAGGUGCACCGGGACCAUUUGAGGAAGGUCAUGUUUCCUUUGACUCAUUUGUGGAAAAGUGAAGUCAAAAGGAUUGCUGAAGAGAGUGGAUUGGCGAGAAUUGCGAAGAAAGAUGAGAGCAUGGGAAUGUGUUUCAUUGGAAAAAGAAAUUUCCAAAAUUUCAUUGACGAAUACCUAAAUCCAAAAUGUGGACAGUUUGUGGACAUCACGACAUUUCAACCUGUCGGAGAACACUCUGGAAUCCACCACUAUACAAUAGGACAAAAAUGCAAAUUAACAGGAUUGCCAAACCGCUACUUUGUGGUCAGCAAAGAUGUAGAAUCGCAACAGAUUUUAGUGGCGCCUGGAACAAAUCACCCAUCCUUGUAUUCAGACUUAUUCUUUACCUCGGAGCCGCAUUGGAUUAGCCCCGAUUGUGAGGAACUUUUGAAAGAUGGUCCUUUGAAGUGCAAGUUCCGGUACCAAAAUAGGCACAAUUUGAUGGAAUGCUCUGUGAUGCGCACUUUAAACAACACAUUGGUCGUUCGAACUCGGACUUUCCUGAGAGCAUUAACACCUGGCCAGUUUGCUGCUUUCUACAAAGAUGGCGAGUGUCUUGGUAGUGCUCGAAUAAGAUCGGUCGGUCCGUCGCUGUACCUGCAAGGAAUGGAGUUCAGCGAGGAAGUGGCUUCAACUGAUACUGUAAUGCAGAGUGUCCGUGCUUUUCAAUGACAACAAGUAGUGAGUGCUUCAAAAUCUGUGAUUCGUUUAAUA